GAUCCAAACUCUGCCAGAUAUGAAGUGCCCAUCACUUUACAUAAGGGAGCUGCUCCUGCUACUGCUAGUACUGCUGCUGUAGACUACAAUGUAACAGUAACAGACAACCCAUUUGCAAUUACAGUCACAAGAAAAUCCACUGGGGAACCUCUGUUUGACUCAAGAGGAAUGGCACCUUUGAUAUUUGCUGACCAGUAUAUCCAGCUGGGAACAAAGCAGUCGACACAGUACAUAUAAGGGCUAGGAGAACACCGGGGUAGUUUCCUCCUUAACACACAGUGGUCCAAGAUCGUCUUCUGGGCUCGCUACCAAGCCCCGACUCUCUAUGAAAAUCUGUAUGGAUCUCACCCGUUUUACGUGAAUUUGGAGAAGUCCCAAGCUGGAGAUGUUCAGGCCCACGGUGUGUUCCUGCUCAACAGCAAUGCUAUGGAGGUUGACCUGCAGCCAUCAGCAGACAAGGACCGGGCCGGACUGACCUACAGGACCAUCGGGGGAGUCCUGGACCUGUACAUGUUUACAGGGCCCACAAUGGACGCCGUGGUCCAGCAGUACACGAGUCUGAUUGGCAAGCCCUUCCUGCCACCGUUCUGGGCCCUGGGGUUCCACCUCUGUAAAUACGGCUAUAACAGUUCUCUGAAACUCAAGAAGGUCAUUGCAAGGAACAGGGCUGCCAACAUGCCGUAUGAUGUACAGUGGACUGACAUAGACUACAUGAAGGAACAUCUCGACUGGACGUACAAUAAAUUCUCAUUCGUAGGAUUACCAGACAUAGUGAGAGAUCUCCACAGCCACGACCAGAAAUAUGUUAUCAUUGUGGAUCCAGGCAUCAGUAACACUCAGACUCCAGGCUCGUACCCUCCGUAUGACGAUGGUCUCAAACAGGAUGUCUUUGUUAAGACGUACAAUGGCUCCAAUCUGGUGGGCAAGGUUUGGCCAGGCGAUACAGUGUUUCCUGACUUCUUCCAUCCGAAGGCCGCAGACUGGUGGUACCGACAUGCCAAUACGUUCCAUAACACUCUACCGUUCGAUGGACUGUGGACGGAUAUGAAUGAACCUUCUAACUUUGUUGAUGGAUCUGUCUCUGGAUGUACCAGCAGUAAACUGGACAACCCUCCUUUUGUGCCACCAAACUUGGAUGGAUCUGUGCUUUCUUCUAGAACUGUCUGUCCAUCUGCUAAACAGUUUGUGUCCAGUCACUACAAUGUGCACAGUCUGUAUGGCUUCAGUGAAGCAAGAGCUACCAUGCAGACUUUACAGAAAAUCCUGGGAAAAAGAAGUAUUGUGAUUUCAAGGUCGACAUACCCAGGCUCAGGUCAAUAUGGUGGCCACUGGUUGGGAGACAACCGCUCUGGCUGGAAAGACAUCUACUACUCAAUUCCUGGCAUCCUGAAGUUCCAGUUGUUUGGGAUUCCCUUCGUGGGAGCAGACGUCUGUGGGUUUGGUGGUGUCACAACGCGUGAGCUGUGUAUUCGCUGGAUGCAGCUAGGAGCAUUCUAUCCAUUCAUGAGGAACCAUGAUGCCUUACAUCAAAAGGACCAGGACCCCGGAUCGUUCGACAAGGAGGCCCAGGACAUGAUGCGGUCAGCUCUAGAACUGCGCUACGGUCUGCUGCCAUUUCUCUACACACUGCUGUACAGAAGCCAUGUUGACGGCCUGCCAGCUGCCAGACCACUUGUGUUUCAGUACACCGAUGAUUCUGCUAUUCAGUCUAUUGAUAAACAGUUCUUAUGGGGAACAUCUCUUCUCAUUUCACCAUGUCUUGAACAGGCAGCGACAUCAGUGGUGUCGUUUAUACCGAAUGACAUGUGGUACGACUACUACAACGGCAGUCUGCUGCCAAACACAGACUUGUACGUGACACUGGAUGCUCCACUGAACAGGAUAAACGUACAUGUACGCGGCGGCUCCAUCGUACCGAGGAUGACACCAGCCGUCACCACAAAACAGAUGAGAAGAAAUAAAUUUGGAUUAUUGAUAGUUACUGGUCAUGAUGGCAAGGCUUCUGGUGAACUGUACUGGGAUGAUGGUGAAGUUCUUGAUCCAGUUGAAACCCAGCGAUUCACUUUGAUUUCCUUCACUCUUGAAGAUCGAACUCUGAAUAAUAAAAUAGAAGAGUCCUAUUAUAAACCACCAGAAGGUAUCGUCCUUGGAAACCUGACUGUGAUGGGGGUCACUCCAAAACCUAGCAAUGUCAAGGUCAAUGGGAAAGAUGUGAAUUUUACCUUCAACGACAAAACUGAGAUGCUGACCGUAGGUGACCUAGCAGUGGACAUGCUGAAGCCUUUCAUAGUGAUCUGGUGACAUGGAUCAAAGAAGAAUGUGUUGACAACACCCAACAAACUGUUUAAUCAGCAGUUUCAGGCAUUAACCAAAGUUGGAAAAUAUUGGGUCACAAGAACAUGGAUGUUAGUAUUGUUACAUAAUAAUGUAAAUAAUUAAUAUAUCAUGUGAUUAAACAGAACUUUAAAAAAAUUGUUUCCACAUGAAACCACCUUAAAAUUAAAUUUAUAAAAAAAAUACUUUUUUUUUCUUCAAUAUUUGACUUUUGUAAGUGUAAAAAUUACAUCAUAAGAAACAUUGUUAUGGUAUAAUAUACUUAUAAUAUAUACUGUUGAGUUUGUAUAGUUUGUAUUUGUAAGUGUCAAUUAUUGAUCAUUACUAAGCAACUCUGGAUUAGACAAAAUAUUCUAGUCUUUACUAUUAUAUAAUGUGCCAAAUUCUUAUAUACUAAACUCCUCUAAAAAUGCACCACCCAAUUUUCAGCUUUUAUUGCCAUUGCUAUAAAACACAGAAUAGCCCUAAUCCUUGUAUAUACUUUGGGAGUUAUUUAUUGCCCAUCAGUAUUAGAAUAUCCAGUUAUCCAAAGUCUGUCAAAUGGAUUAUUUCAGCAAAUCUAUCUGGGGCAUUUUCAAUCCAGUUCAGUAUAUUUUACAGACAUAUCCCUGUAUGUGUUUUUGAUUGGAGAAUGGUUGAAAUGUGUGAAUGAUUUGCAAACAUACAUGACAAAAACAAUUCAAAGAUUUUUAUUCAAGCAAUUGACAUGAAUGAAUUUAUGUAUGAAAUCAUUAGUAGUUUUUACUUUGAACAUUUUUGAAUAAUUUAUUGUCAUUUGUAAUUUAUAAAAUAAAAUAUUUUUAUUUUG